GAGCAUGAGAAUCAAAUAACGCUGUUUUAUUGUGGCCCUAGGAAUCUUGAUUACCUGUGAUCUUUCGAUAUCCCAAUUCGGAAGACUAACGACGUCGACAUCGUCAGAUUCCCACAACGUCUUCGGUCAGAAAAUAUACAUCCCACAAAGAGCACCAUACGCACGUAGACUCACUGACCCGGGUCUUCGGAGUUCGGUUCGUUCCUGAAUCCAUCGCUUCUCUACGUCUCUCCAUUGCAUGAUGCCCAGUGGUGUGGCGCUCGCAUGGCUCGCAUGGUGCUGCCUUGUAUUACCAUCGCAUGGGCUUGUCACAUCUAUAUAACACUGACCCAACGCGUUGGUCCUGCAGCAGACACGAAGCAGUCCUCGCAACUACCUCUGCUCCACCGGCUGACAGUUCGACAUGGACAUUCUAGCUGACAAAGAAGCGGGCAUCCUGCAUCACACUGUGCAGGUGAUCCAGGUGCAUGAGCAGAAGGAUAUCAGCGACGACAUCGUCGUCGAUGCUAAUGUCGGUAACGUGGACAGUAACUUGAAGCUUGCACCAGAUGGGCAUACCGUUCUGGUUCCUCAGCCGUCAGACGACCCGAAUGACCCACUCAACUGGUCUUCGACUAAGAAGCAUGCUCUUCUUAUCGUACUGUCUAUCACGGCCGGUCUGGGUGACUACAGCUCUGCUGCGGGCAUCCCUUUGAUCAUGUCCCAAGGUCUGGAAUGGAACAAGACACCCGCCAAAGUCAACGAGACUGGUAACUUGAACGUCCUCAUGGUUGCCAUCGGUGGUAUCUUUUGGAUCGUUGUCUCUACAUGGUGGGGCCGUGGUCCCGCUCUCUUUUGGUCUACUCUUACCGGCUGUGUUUUCACCAUCGCCUGCGCUGUCACCCACAACUACGCCGUCUACUACGCUUUCCGCGUCCUCAUGGGAUUCAGCUUCUGCGCAUUCCAAAUCGUAGGUCUGGCCUGCAUCAAGGACAUGUUCUACUUCCACGAGCACGCCCGCAAGAUCGGCAUCUGGACGUACGGCGUCUUCCUUACGCCGUACCUCGCGCCCAUGUUCAGCAACUUCAUCAUCGCGGGUACGCACGGUAGGUGGCGCGUAGCCUUCUGGCUCGUCUUCGCAGUCGGUGCGCUCGAUCUGGUCCUCAUCCUCUUGAUCUCCGACGAAACGUUCUACGAUCGCACCAUCCCCAGAGAAAAGCAGCCCGCUCGCCCGAAGACGUUCAUGGGCCGCAUGUCUCGUCUCGUAGGUGUCUGGCAGAUCCAGAACCAUAACUCAGCGGGCUUCUACCACCUCAGCCACGCAGUCACCCGCCUCGUCAAGACGCUGCUCAAGCCCAUCAUGAUCCCAUGCAUGAUCUACUACGCCAUGACUUUCAUGUGGGUUGUUGGUAUAAACAUCACCUCGGCGAUCCUCCUGCAAACGCCCCAAGCCUACGGCGGCUACGGCUUCGACAACAACGCCAUUGGCUACUUGCUGUUCGCGCCGCUCAUCGCCGUGACCAUCGGCGAGCUCAGCGGCCACUUCUUCAACGACCUGAUCGCACGCCGCUACGUCGCGCGCCACAACGGCGUGUUCAAGCCCGAGGCGCGCCUGCUCAUGAACCAGGUCGUCGUCAUCCUGAUGGUGCCCGGGUUGGUGCUCGUCGGCCAGACGCUCGAGAAGCAUCUCAGCUACGCGGGAAUCAUCAUGGGCUGGGGAAUGUAUGUGAUUGGGAGUAUGCUGGCGAGCGUGAGCUUGACGGCGUAUUGUCUGGAUAGUUAUGGGAGUGCGAGCAGUGAGGUUGCCGGGUUGUUGAACUUUGCGAGGGUCGGCGCCGGUUUCUCCGUUGGCUACUUCCAGGAGCCCUGGGGCAAGGUCAACGGCUACGGGCAGUCGUUCGGCAUCCAGGCUGCCAUCGUCGCCGCGGCGUCCAUCAUCCUCACGCUGCUGCAGAUCUACGGCGCGCGCAUGCGUGCCAAGGGUGGCCCUGUCGUGUAGACUUUCGGUGGGAGGUUGGCUCAUCACAAUUUGGGAGGCAUCUUGCCUGGGAUGGGUGGAAAGGAGCAGGAAGUAAUCCGUGGUUGACAAAAGUUGCUGGACGAUAUCUUGUGGAUAGAGUGCUGUGUCGGAAGCUGUGUAAUGAAGUAAUGUGUUUAUAUGACAACGUGUGCUUUACCCUGUCGACUCGAGUGAAGUGGAUAGGUUGAUAGAGUGCCCGGGCAUGACGAGGAGCGACGGUCUCGGUCUAUGAUCGCACUAAAAGCCUGAAGCUCCAUUGCACACAAGACUGGAAUAUAAACGUCUGAAGUACAAUAUCUGCAAAACUCACCAAGUAUCCGCCCGCAUGCG